GUGUGGGCGUGUGGCCGUUCGGAGUCGGCUGCUUGUGGGGCGGCGUGGAUUGGCCUCUGUGCGAGGGAGUGGGUGGAUUUGUGGUGGGAUGGGGUUGUGGUUCCGGCACCCAGGGUGUGUUUGGGAUGGUGGUUUUGGGGCAAAAUUUUGGGUUAGGAAAAAUCAUGUGACUGUGAAUCGGAAGGUGGAUGAACUUUGCGAGGUUUUAAUUCCCAUUAUUUGAAACGUGGCUUGUUCGAUGAUGAUAGGUAUGGCUUGACUGAAAAUUUUGUGGUCCUUGCUUACAUAUCUGUAGCACGCAGACAUGAAUAGUUGAUAGUCUACUUGCAUAGUGAAUACUUGCAAUUUUGCAGCCUCCGUAAUGGAAUUUAAUGUAGGUUGAACGGGUCACCGAAGUUAUAGUUCUGCAUUAAAAUGGCUGGUUCUAUCUGAGUGAAGAGUUGAAAAAAAAAACACUUGCUAAUUUUACCAAUCGUUUAACAUUGGGUAUACUUGAUUGCCACUGGUUUCAUAAUUUUAGUGGAGCAGAAUAUUGCAUUACUCUUCUGCCUUUGGUUGCUGGUUGGUUUUCUGAUUCCAAAAAGGUACUACUACCUGUAGGUGGAAUCUUGGCAAGCAGUUCGAGCGGUUGCAGGGAUGGACUUUCGGGCUUCUGUGGCUGCUAAGGAUAUCCGCGUUUCCAGUGAAUCAGAUCCAAGAGUACAUCCUUCUUCAAGCACCAUAAGUCAUCAUCUCAGAUUUAAUCACUUAAACAGUCACGAAAACAAGGAAGAUUCCCUGCGAACUGAAAUUGCUGAAACAAGUGUUCGUCAGGGUUCAUCAGGAAAGGAAGUCAUGCCUAGGGGAAGUUUCAGUAAUGAAAUUGCUUAUGCUGAGAGAACUGCUAGAGAAGGAACCAGUCAUAUUGGACGAGAUGUUCUAGAACCUGCAGUGAACAAUGCUGAGACUGACAUAGUUUGCAUUCCAGAAGUUGGUGGCUCCGUUUCUGAAUCUGAUUUCUCCUCCUCACAGAUGCCAUCUGAAAGGAUCAUGACUGACUUGGAGGACAGAGAGAUUGCUCCUCAUGGCACUUCAUACACAACUAUUGUAUCAAGUGUAAGAUCAGAUACUUCUCAAUCUAGCUUAACAUCUGUAUUGCCUGCUACUUCAACUGCAUCAUCUACAAUUGGAGAAUCGGUUCCAGAUACAGUCCCUAGCAGAGCAGAUGUUCCCAUAUUUAGUGGGGCACAAGGCCAGAUUGGUGGAAAUACAUUACAUGAUGACAUGAUGAGCAUUUUCUCAAAUGAUGGUGCAGUGCACGUUAGAGAUUCAAGCAACGCUGACACAAGGAGGAGCCAUAGAAGGGUUUUGUGGGACGCAUUUUCCAGACGUAGUUCAAGAGGCUAUUUAGAUUCUGAUACUGAUGAUCUGGGAUUUUACAGCAGAUGGAUAGACCUUGGUGAUGAACUUUUUGCAGAUGAGAUUGAGGAGGCACGGUUCUUUCAUCGGAGACGCCAUGGUUCAAUCAGAAUUAGGGAGCAUCGGCGUGCUGUUUUUGAUAGCGGCGCUGACCAAAGUACUGUUGCUUGUCCUCUGGGGAUCCACCAAAUUGGCAGAUGCACCUGUGAUUCCUUCUUGAUUGCUGAAGAAUCUAGUGCCCGCGCAAGUAUAUCAAGAAUUGUGAUGUUAACCGAGGCAUUAUUUGAGGUGUUGGAUGAAAUUCACCGGCAACCUGCAUCACUUUCGCUUUCCAUGGUCUCUGCCCAGGCUCCAGAAUCUGUGGUUAAUUCAUUACCAUGUAAGAGCUACAAAAAGCAGACAGCCCAAUGCAGUGAUGACAUGGAACAGUGUCACAUCUGCUUAACUGAAUAUGAGGAUGGAGAUCAGAUAAGAAGCCUCCCGUGCAAACACGAGUUUCACUUGCAGUGUGUUGACAAGUGGCUCAAAGAAGUACACAGGGUGUGCCCGUUGUGCCGUGGGGACGUGUGCGAAGGUGUCGCCUGAAGACCUUUCAACAGCAUCGCCCUGAUUCGUUGCUGCUCAACGGAGGAAGCAGUUGAGUUCGUCAUCCAGCCCUUUGCUUGAUUGACCUUGCCGAAGAAGAGAACCAACCGAUUUCUACCGGCUCCACGCGUCGAUUCCUUAUAUUUAACCUGAAUCAUACACCCAGACAUGUAUAUACCUUUUGUAGUAGUCAGGUCUGCCAGCCAACUUGUAUAUAUAUGUAGAUCCCCCCAGUUAAUCCUCUUCUGCUACAUGAAGAAAUUUCUCCAUUCAGUGCAGUGCAGUGCAGUGCAGUGCAGACCCCUUUCUCUCUGACCUGAUGGCAUCGUACUCUGAUCCGAUGAGGUCAGCAUUAUUUCGGGAGAGAACAGCAAUACGAUUGGGUGUCGUUCCAAGCUCCGACCCCUCUGCGGUGAUAUCUACCAAGUUUGGGCCACACUAAUUACUAGCUCUCAACCCCUCGACACUCCCAAAACCAAGGCGAAACGGAACCUAACUGAAACCAAAGAGGAGGGAGUUGGGAAGACCCAGGUAGAUCUACUACUUACCGACUGGAGUCGUACAUCCUUUCCUUUCCUUCCCUCUAGGAUCAAGUAUUUUUAUCU